GACGUCAUACGCAGAACCCUAGUUGGUGAGUGUUGCGUAGCCGCUUAGCUCUUAGCGUUAGCUUUAGUUAUAAUUACUUAACAAAGCGGUUCGGGGUUGCGACACUAUUCUACACUUAAAUCUUUCACCUUAAUUAGUCAUGUCUACUCCUGCUAGACGAAGACUCAUGAGGGAUUUUAAACGGCUACAGGAGGAUCCUCCAGCUGGUGUGAGUGGAGCUCCAUCUGAGAACAACAUCAUGGUGUGGAACGCAGUUAUAUUUGGCCCUGAGGGAACACCGUUUGAAGAUGGUACAUUCAAGCUGACUGUAGAGUUUACAGAAGAAUAUCCCAACAAACCUCCGACUGUGAGAUUCGCCUCUAAAAUGUUCCACCCGAAUGUGUAUGCAGAUGGAAGUAUUUGCCUGGACAUCCUUCAGAACCGUUGGAGUCCGACGUACGACGUGUCUUCCAUCCUGACCUCUAUCCAGUCUCUUCUAGACGAGCCAAACCCCAACAGUCCUGCUAACAGCCAGGCGGCUCAGCUGUACCAGGAGAACAAGCGCGAGUAUGAGAAGAGGGUGUCUGCCAUAGUGGAGCAGAGCUGGAGAGACAGUUGACCCCCUCACACACACACACACACUCCCCCUUGAUACUCGCCUCCUGUUUCCCUAGCCGUAUAGCAGAACAGGAACAUUUACUCUGGUUUGUUUUUAAUUUUUUUAUGCACUUUACGUACAGGAUCGUGGUUUUGUGUUCCCUGUGCACGAUCGAGUGAGAAAACCCUGCACAUCUCAUUCCUGUCAAUUUCUGAUACCUACACACACACACACACAUUCCCUGAUGCUGAAAUUUGAAGAAUGAAAUACCGUUUAAAAAAUCGCCUGUGUUAGUAUUUCAGGAUAUUAUAUAUAUAGCUAUUUUCCCUUGUCUCUGGUGUUGUACACUAUUCUGUGCAUGAAUGCCUGUGUGUGUGUGUGUGUGUGUGUGUGUGCGUGUGUGUGUGCAGUCCAGCAAGCUUGUAUACAAGACACAUGAUGGAUUAUACAUGUACAGAUUUUGCACUGACUGUCAGUCUUUUUUUUCCCCAGCACUUGUAAAUAAUGGAAAUUAAAAAAAAAAAUCUAAAAGAAA